GUGAUCAAGAAAAUUCAGACCUUUGUCCGUGUGGGUUCUAUCAGUUUGUCACACACCGGAAAAAGAGAGGAGAAAGACUCGCUAGCCUGGUAUAGAUUUCUCAAAAAAAAAAAAAAAAAAAAAAAGCCUGGUAUAGCAAGAAGCAAUUUGCAGACUGCAGAGACUUCCUUCCACGCAUUUUAUUCCAUUAUAUAUUCCGAUCUUUUGUCAUCCUUUUGUGGAUUCUUUCUUUUCUAAAUCUGAGAAAAUGCUUUUGGAGACUCUGGGAGGGGCAUGCCUUUCUCCAUUGGUUCAAGUGCUGUUGGACAGGUUGGCUGUUCCCCUGAUCAUUAACUUUUUCCAAAACCCGGAUUUCGAUGAGACACUCCUGGAGAGGCUGAAAACGGUUCUGCUGACUGUUAACGCAGUGAUCAGUGAUGCAGAGGAGUCGGAGAUCACGAAUCUGGUGGUGAAAGACUGGGUCAACGAGCUCAAAGAUGCUGUCUACGAUGCUGAUGAUCUUUCUUGCGAGAUCCAGACUAUAGCUUUGCAUUGCCAGUUGGAAGACGCUAAGGUCAACUGGGAUCAGGUAACAGGUCAAUUCUCUGCUCAUCAUCAAAGUUAUGAAGAUAUAAAAUCCAAGCUCUCAAAUAAUGAAGAUAUAGAGUCCAGGCUCGAAAAGAUAGUUAAAAGACUAGAAUCUUUAUCCAAAAAAAUUGAUCUUCUCAAUCUAAAAAGAAGUGUCGCUCGGAAACCACCAAUUAUGUUACCUUCGACUUCUUUAGUAGAUGAAUCUGAAGUAUUUGGUAGAGGUAAAGAUAAAGAAGAGCUAUUAAAAUCUUUGCUUGCUGGUACUGUAGCAGAAAACAGAAUCCCUGUAAUUGCAAUAGUUGGGAUUGGUGGGGUUGGCAAGACAACCCUGGCUCAACUUUUGUAUAAUGACUCAAGGGCUAAGGGACAUUUUAGUCUAAGAGCAUGGGCUCAUGUUUCAGAAGAAUUUGAUGUCUAUAAAGUAACCAAAAUCAUUUUCGAGUCUGUCACUUCAAAAAUUUGUAAUCUGACAGAUCUGAAUAUUCUUCAAGUUAGACUAAAGGAGGUAUUGACGGGGAUGAGAUUUCUACUGGUUUUAGAUGAUAUUUGGAAUGGGAAUUUUAUUGAUUGGGAUUUUAUGUUAAGCCCCUUAAAGGCUGGACACUGCAGCAGUAGAAUUAUUGUGACAACUCGUAAUCAAAAUGUUGCAUCAACCAUGAAGCCUCUUCUUACUUAUCGGCUGCCACAUUUGUCAGAUGAAGCUUGUUGGGAAUUAUUUGCCAAACAUGCAUUUAGGUCUAGCACCCCUGAAGAACAUCUCAUCUUAAAAAGAAUUGGUGAGGACAUUGUGAAGAAGUGCAAAGGCCUGCCUUUAGCUGCAAAAACACUCGGGGGCCUCCUGCAUCCUGAAGUAGAAGCUGAGGAAUGGCAUGCAAUACUGAACAGUAAGAUAUGGGAUCUACCUAAGGAUAAAAGCAGCAUACUUCCUUCUUUAUUAUUGAGCUAUUAUGAUCUUCCUCCACAUCUCAAACGAUGCUUUGCUUAUUGUUCGAUAAUUCCUAAGGGUUUUGAAUUUGAGAAAGAAAAAUUGAUUCUCAUGUGGAUGGCGGAAGAAUUGUUGCCGCAGCCAAUGGAUAAAGACAAAAUGGAGGAUGUUGGGGUAAUCUAUUUUCACGAACUAGUAUCAAGGUCAUUUUUUCAAUUGAGUCGUGAUAAUCAGUGCUUUGUGAUGCAUGACCUUGUCAAUGAUCUAGCUCAAUUUGUGUCGGGAGAAUUUUGCUGCAAGUUUGAGUAUGGCAAGCCAUGUGGAAUUUCGGAAAAGACUCGACAUUUGUCAUUCUUGAUGGACCAAAUUAAUGGCCCUGAGAAAUUCGUGGACCUUCAGGAGUUGAAGUCUUUGCGAACCUUCCUUCCACUAAGCUCUUCAAAUCCGAGUAACUACCCUGCCUUAAGUAACAUAGUUUGUAAUUUGUGGUUGAAAUUUCCCAAACACUUACGAGCGCUAUCUUUUGCUUAUCAAGCAAUCACUGAGCUGCCUGACUUGAAAAGUUUGGUACAUUUACGCUAUUUGGACCUUUCUCACACUUCAAUUGCAGUGAAAUCUGGCUGGAAGUGCCCUCUGUAUAAUUUGCAGACAUUGUUGUUGUCAAGUUGUCAUAAACUCACCGAGUUACCAGCAAACAUUGGAGAACUCAUUAAUUUACGUUAUCUAGAUGUGAGUGGAACCAACUUAAAAAAGAUGCCACUUGAAUUUGGAAGAUUAAAGGGUCUCCAAGUUUUGUCUAAUUUUGUUUUGAGCACAGAUGGUGGGUCAAAGAUCAAUGAGUUGGAAGAGCUUUCACAUCUUUGUAGGAAACUUUCCAUCUCAAAGCUGGAAUAUGUAGACAAUGCUACAGAUGCUUCAAAGGCCAACUUGAAAGGUAAGAAUUAUCUUAAAGAGUUAGUUUUCCAAUGGAAUUCUGACAUUCAUAAAGUACAAACUGAAGUACUCAACAAUCUGCAGCCUCAUGAAAAUUUGAAGAAACUUACCAUUGAAAACUACAGCGGUACAAGGUUUCCCAAUUGGUUAGGUGAUGUCACUUUCGUUAACAUGGUAUUUCUACGUCUUACCAGGUGCAAAAAAUGCACGCUCUUGCCACCACUGGGGCAGUUAUCUUCUCUUCAAGAGCUCUACAUCUCAAAUAUGGAAGAUUUAAAAAGGCUGGAUUCUGGAUUUUAUGGAAACUGCCACUUUGGAGCCAAGCCAUUCAGAUCUCUGAGAACUUUGCUGUUAGAGGACUUACCACAGUGGACGCACUGGACACCUCCUGCAAAUGAAGAUGGACUCUUCCCUUCCCUUCAGGAGCUUCAAAUACGACGAUGUCCUUUAUUGAUUGAGAGCUUACCUAAGAACCUCCAGUCCUUGACAAAAUUGGUGAUUUCUGGGUGUAAUAAGCUCCAGGCUUCAGUUCAGACGGCCCCAACUUUGGAAGAAAUGAAGCUUCACGGUUUAGAUGAUUUGAAGACCCUGGCAGUGGAAUUGUUGGAAGGAAGUUCCUGUUUUAAACGACUGGAAAUAGUUAACUGUCCAUCUCUCAGUUCCUUUCCUGGAGGUGAUUCUCUUACCGCAAUAACUUCAAUUUCUAUUUCUGAUUGUAGAAAUUUAGAGAUAGUCCUGCUUCCUGAGAGUAAUGUUCUUGAGCGAUUACAUAUUGCAAAAAGUUGCGAUUCUCUUAAAUCUCUGUCCCUAAGCUUUUUCACCAAGCUCGAAUAUCUUCAUAUUGAGGACUGUACGAAUCUUGAGUGCCUUUCAAUUCAGGAUGUGGCUCUCGAAUUUCUUAAGGAAAUGGAAAUCAAAGAUUGCCCAAGACUGGAAUCACUUCCUAAUGGGGGGUUAAACAACUGCCUACCUUGUCUCCAAAAUUUGGAAUUGUCUAAUUGCCCGAAGCUCUCUCAAUUUUCAGAAGGCAGUUUACCCAUUAAACUACAAUCUCUAUCUAUUUCCGAUUGCAACAAUCUUACCCCUAAAAAGGAAUGGGGUUUACAGGGAAUGGUGUCUCUCACUAGUUUUGAGAUUGAAGGUGGAUGCAGUGAACUGGAGUUUUUUCCAGAAGAGGGGCUGCUGCCUAACAGUCUCACUUCUCUUUGUAUUAGCAAGCUUCCAAAUCUCAAAUCCCUGUUCAAAGGGAUUAGCGACCUCACCUCGCUUGAAACGCUGAACAUCUACAGCUGUGAGAACCUCAAGGCGUUGCCAGCAGAGGGAUUGCCCACCGCUCUUAGUUUUCUUUUCAUAGACCAGUGCGCUUUGCUAGGCCCACUUUGUCAAGAGGGAGGGAGAGACCGGCACAAGAUUUCUCAAAAAACCAAGGUAUACAUUUCUUAGGGAACACCGACGGAAGCUGAAACAAAAAUUUUGUUAAGGUUGUAAGAUUCCUACAUUAAUACGCACAGAUAAGCUGGUGAGUUGGGAAACUGAAAGAUGGUUUGGUGACUUCUGGGAUUGAAGGAUACGAAUGUGUUAAGUUGGGAGUUUGUUCAUUCUCUGAGUGUGAGAGAAUCAGUGAAUGUAUUAGGUUUGGUGAUUGUGAGAAAUAAUGGUAUCAAAUUUGCGAGUUGAGUUUGUUAAAGUAAUGGAAUUUGAUUUGAUUUGUAUUUGUGCUGUUCUUGAAGGUUUAUGUAAGUUGGUCGAAUGUUGUAAUCCAUAUCAUAAAUAUGCAAGGAUUCUAAUAUGAUAUGAUUAGAGGAGUCAUUUGACUCACUUUCCUUCUCAA